AGACUAACGAAGUGAGUUUGAAUUUCUGAGUGAUAUAAGCUUACCAUGGCAAAGUCAAAGAACCACACGAAUCACAACCAGAAUAAGAAGGCCCACAGGAAUGGAAUCAAGCGGCCGAAGCAGCUGAAACAUCCCUCCUUGAAGGGCGUGGACCCCAAGUUCCUGAGGAACAUGAAGUUCGCCAAGAAACACAACGUGAACCACAAUCAGCAGAAGAGGCGAGCAGCGAAAAACGUGGCGAAAUACGAAAGUCUCCCGAAGCCCGUCAAGCUGUAGAUGACUUCUUCGUGCUCUUUACUCUGACUUGAUCGAGUUUCCGCGUUGUGCUGAAUAAAUCCUCGGGUUGGAGUCGA